CAGGGAAGGCAGCUAGCCUGAGCCCAGGCUGCGGGAGGCCCCAGGCCGCGGGCUCGGCGGCGGCGGCGGCGGCGGCGGCGGCGGCGGGAGCAGAAGAGAGGCCUGGACCAGGCCCGAGCUGCAGGUGCUACCUGCCAACUUACAGAUGAAAGUGGGAGACCCUGGUGGGGUGGGGAGCUGGUGGUGGUCCCUGAGCGCGCCAAGAGAAGCUGCAUUUUCAGAAAGGAGCUACAAACAACACUUGCGAAUGAAGCCCCUGUCGUCGCCAAUUGUAAGGUCAGUUUUAGCAAAGGUGUGUAAAUAAAACAUUUUUUAUCAGUUAGAAACCUAUAAACCUCAGAGCAGUUUGUGCUCUCAGACAUCUUAGCCUCUGUCUGCCAGGCAGAGGCUGUUGGUUGAAGUGAGGACCUCUGCCCUCUGCCUCAAAACAGGGGCCCUGAGGUAGGCGAGUGAUGGCUGGGGUUCCCCAGCCCACCGCAGGCCUGGGAGCUGAGGCUGACUUCAGGCUCACCUCCUGCCCUCCUUCCUGGCGAGCUGCAGGUCCUGGGAGGGAUGACGACGUGCCUCAGAUGCAUGGAGGCUGAGUCACCCAGGCUGGCCGUGCCCCUCGGAGCCCAGGCUGGGCCACCACCCACCUGAGAAGGAAGGGUGGGUGGCUGCUGUGCUGGGAGAGCUGGGGCCUCCUGGGAUCUUGGGAACCCCAUCUUUGAGCUCCGCCCCACGGCCCCGCCCCUCCCCAGGAGGGAAAAGGCAGCUGCCAGUUGCUUGCCUCACAGGCACUGGGACCCGGCCCACAGGACGAGAGGGGACACCGCUGCCAUCAGCACUGCAGGCUGGGCCAUGGACCCACAUGAGAUGGUCGUCAAGAACCCGUAUGCUCAUGUCAGCAUCCCUCGGGCUCACCUGCGGCCUGAUCUGGGGCAGCGGCUGGAGACGGCUCCUCCUUCCUUGGGGUCCCAGCCGCUGCCUGUGGGAUCCUGCACCUCGGAGCCCACCGGGCUCCUGCAGCCCUCCGAGGAGGCUCCAGGGAGCAAGGGGGCCAAGGGGACCACCCCGGUCCAGGGCCAGCAGAGCUGGCAGCAGCCCUGCAAUCCCUACAGCGGUGGGCAGCGCCCAGCAGGACUGACCUACGCUGGCCUGCCACCCAUCGGGCGCGGGGAUGACAUCGCCCACCACUGCUGCUGCUGUCCCUGCUGUUCCUGCUGCCACUGCCCUCGCUUCUGCCGCUGCCACAGCUGCUGCUGUGUCAUCUCCUAGCCCAGCCCCUGCCGGGCCGAGGGGCCUCGCGCAGGACCCCAACAUGGCUCAGGCAGCCACAGCGGUGCCCACAUGUUUGGGGCAGCCACUGGACCAUUGUCGUGGGAGGUGGCCACUUUCCAUCCUGGAUGGGAGUAUCUACCCGCCACAGAGGCCAACAGCCCAGCUCCAGCCCCUUGAAACAGAGCCCUGGGCACUGGCUGUAAUGGCAGCCCUGGGGACACCCUUGACCACCUCCCUCAGGGCCCGCAGCCCCGGCAAUAAAUCAGAGUGACCUUU